AUGUUAUUAAAGGAACAAUAAGAAUAUAAGUUAAAGUUUAUCGAGGAGAGAAUGGAGCAAUAUGAAACAAGUCUUUUGAAGAGGGUCAAUCACUUGGAAGAGAGAAUUAGAUCCUUCAAUCAAAAAUUUGAAAGAAUUGAUGAAUUGGGUGAACGAGUCAAUGAUUUACAUUCUUUGUUUGAUAAACUCAAAGAAAAUUUUGAUACAAAACUAAUGUUACAAGAUGAUAAAAUUGCGAAAGCAAAUUUCAAUAUAAAUAAAAUAAAAUAGGAAGACCUACAACAAAUAUAUAAUAUAGUUAAAAAAGGAUUUCAUAAUUCAAAGGAUUUGUCCUUGGAAAUGUAAAACAUAAAGACCAAGGACAUAAGACAAUCCGAGGUUCUAUUCAAAUAGGAGUUGAAACAAUCAAACAUUUUGGGAGAAAAAUUGCAAUCUCCACUUUUGCAUUAGAGAAUGGAUAGUUAUUAAAAAAGUGAUAGGAUGAGAUCGAUAACUCUGGAGAAGGAUAAGGGACAGGAACAAAAGGUGAAAUUCGAAAAUGAAACCGAAGAUUUGGAGAAUAACAAACCUAAUUCAAAGGGCAUUGCUAAAAAUGAUACUCAAAAAUUGAUUGAUAAAUAUCAGUUCACUUUAUAAACCAAGUUACAGAAUGAGAAUAUUUAGAAGUUGAGUAAUGUGAAGAUUGAAGUGCAGAAUACUGAAUAAAGUAAGAUACUGACUUAAUAGCAACAAUCGUUGCUUGAGAGGACGAUAUCCCAAGAUCAUAUUCCACGAUCAAAAUACCUAACUAGUACGAAUUAAAUUAAGGAAUAACUUAAAAACUUAAGGAAAUGA